GAAAUUUUUUUGCACAAGCAGCUGAAAGGGCACUGUUUCCGCACCGUUGUAGUGACAAAUGAAACUAACCAGCCAUCUACGUCUUUUUGCAUAAAUAAUUGAUACUCCUCAACAACUACCUAUUUUUCCUUUAUUGUUUUCGGGGGAAACUAUGUCAAAUCGGAGGAGUGAAGCCCUGGCUUUCUCGCUAGUGACGGGUAUAAACCAUGCCAUGGCCAGGCUGGUGGACAUCUGGGACAGCAUGGGCAUCAUGGAGGAGCAGAGGGUGGAGCGAAUGGAGACAGUGAAGAAACACAUUGAGGUCCUUUUGAAUGAUAUGAUCACCGAGGAGGAAGCCUUGAGGCACCGCAUCCGGGCCAAUAUCAUCACUUUUCAAAAACAGCUGGAUACCUUGUGCCUGGAAAUGUCAAUGGAUCCAUACAAAAUGGAGGAGGGCCUGACAGUCCUCCAGAUUGAGAAGAACCUGCGUCUGCGUGUGGAGGUUCUGACCAAGGAGAAGGGGGAGCGUUUGAAGGAGCUACACAGACUGCAGCAGCAGGAUAAGGAACUGUGUGUGGAGCUGUGCGUCACCCCUUAUUACAUCCCCACUGGCAGCAUGCCAUCUCGCACGCAGCUACAGGAACUCCGGGAGCACAUCCAGACCCUCAGUGAGGAAAAGAAGAGUCGUGCAAAGGUGUUCUCAGGUCUGCGUGAGGACAUCAGGAAGCUGAUGGAGGAGAUGGGUCAUGAACCAGAGACUAGCCUGGAGAAAGAGUCUGUGGGCCACGACGAGGAUAUAUUCCUGCUCACCCAUGAAAAUAUCAAAGCCCUCAAACUGCUGCUCUCCCAGAUGGAGGUCAAGAAGGAAUCACUGAAAAAUACUCUAGCUGAGCUGAAAGAACGAUCCAUGUGCCUGUGGAAUCGUCUGGAUGCGCUGGAGCAAAACUGCAGUGUGUUCCAAGAGAGUGUGCAGGGUACCCUCUCUGACCAAAUCACACAGUGGCAGGGGGAGGUGGACCGUCUGACAGAACUGCAGAAGACCAGGCUGGGGGAUGUGAUUGAAAAGGUCAGACAGGAACUAGUGACCUUCUGGGACAAGUGCAACCUCGGCCGUGAGCAGAGGGAACCCUUCAAUGCCCACUUCUGUGACAAUAACUUCACAGAGGAGUUGUUGGUCCUGCAUGAUGCUGCGCUAUUGAAGGUGAAGAAUUAUUACGACCAGGUAAAGCCCUUACUGGAGGCCCUGCAGAGAUGGGAGAAGUACUGGGCCCUCUUCCAGGAUUUUGAGAAAAAGGCCAAUGAUCCAAACCGUUUCUCCAACAGAGGAGGAGCCCUUCUUAAAGAGGCCAAAGAGAAGGUCAAAGUUCAAAAGAUGCUGCCAAAGUUUGAGGAAGAACUGAAGAAGGGGGUUGAAGCCUGGGAGAAGGACCAGGGUUCUGCCUUCCUGGUUCAGGGCCGGAGAGUCAUGACCUACAUCUCCAGCCAAUGGGAGGAGUACAAGCAGCAGAGGGACAAGGAGAAAAGUGAACGUGCCGCUUUGCAGACAUCAAAGAAGGGGGAGAUGACGACUCCUUUCAAAACUCCCACUAAGAGGGCCCAUGGAGGGAUAAACGGCCCUACCCCCAACAAGAUCAGAAAGCCCUUCUUUCAGAAGACUCCUAGCCAGGUUACCAGGGUGCGGUCAGCCAACACCUUCAUAAGUGUGCCCAGCAGCAAGCCUCCUCUCUCCCAGGUUCAGAUGCAGAAAAUGAGGCCCCUGGAGAGCAGCAGCAGUCAGAGAACGCCUCUACUGGAGUGCAACAGUACAGAGAGGAAACAACCUGUUGACAUCAGCUACCUUGACUUCACUAGUGCAUUGUCCAAAAAGUCAAGUGAUGCAGUUUUCAAUUCCACAGCAAAGGACCCUGCGUUUUAAGAGGUGCGUGCACAGUUCACUCCUCAGAGGUUGUGUUCUGUCCACUUGGCACUCUUCUCCUGGCUACACGGCCAGUGUUUUAAUAAAAUUGGUUAGAUUUCAAAGUAACAGCAACACCAAUUAGCUCAAAUUAGUUACAUCAAAGACUUGCCGUGGCUACACGUGUCUUGAUGCAACUAAUUUGAGCUAAUUGGUGUUGCUGUUACUUUGAAAUCUAACCAAUUUUAUUUAUGUAUAGUAAUACUACAACCUGCAUGGAAGUGGAUAGGUCAAAAGGGACUCUUAGUGUAAUUUGCAACGUAUUGUAAUAGUAAAGGUGUGGAUGAAACUGUCAUAAAGCCAUGUUUUCCAGUGAUUUAAUAUUCUGUUGUCCAGGGCAGGUAUUUCACGAGUUUGAUACUUUUUUAAAGGUAGAGCCCCUUAGAUGUUAGACAUGCAGUACUUUAAUAUUCAUUUGAAAUGUUUUACUUUAUAAUAAAUGACCAGGUAACACCAGAGGAAGUAUCCUGUUUUGAUACAGACCUUCCAGCAGAUCUACAUGCUAGUCUUUUAAAAAAAUGUUUUAUUAUAAAUAUUUCUGUUUGUAAAUAUUGCUUUCUUGUAAUGCUACUUCUCAUUUGUUUCUUCUGCACACACACUGUCUUGGCAAUGUGUUUUGUCCUUGUGUCAACAUGUGAAUUUGACUGUUUCUUGUAUACCUAUUAAUAAAUAUGUCACCUGUCUUUUAA